ACCUCCUCUCGCCGCCAAUCACCGUUAAAAACCCCUAUGGAUGUCGUAGAUGAUUGGGGACGAAAAGCCUUCGUCUCAUCUCCCGGAGAAUAUUCAGUUACUCCUUUCUUCUCGAACCCAUCAGAUUCGCAGCUACUCUUCUCUUCUCCCUCACUCUCUCCUCCGAUUCUCUCUCGCAUCCCUCACCUAUCUCACGCUCGGUUUCUCGCCGUCUCCGGCGUACCUCCGUCGGAUUCUUCUGCAAUCGAGGCCUCAUUCCGUAUCCCCCAUCCUAACGAUGAUGCCGAGAGGGUUCUCUCCUAUAAUCGCCUCCAGCUUCUACGUUGCCCCGUUAAAAAUUGCGUCUUGGUGUUUUUCCCCACAGGGUCUAACCUCGAUCAAAUUGGGUUCGUUCUGCUUUCCACCGGAGAUUCGGGUGCUAUCCGGGUCAUGGGUACGGACGAAGGUUACGUCUUUGUGGCGAAAGAGCGGUUCUUUUCGAGAAUUUUGAAGAUAUUUGUGCAGCCGAUUAGUAAUUUGGGAGCAUCUUCGAUGGAAUUUGGAUACGUAAUGGUUUAUACACUGUAUUCGAUUCAUUGGUUCUCUGUCAAGUACGAUGAAUCUCUAGGCAGACCGGUUUUGAGUUACCUCGGACAAAAGCAGUUUAAGCGUUGUUCGAUCGCGAGCGCUUCCUGGAGCCCUCAUUUUCCUGGAGAGUGUUUAGUCUUGUUAGAAAACGGGGAGGUCUUUGUGUUUGAUCUGAACCAGAGACAUCUUGGUAGAUUCAGAGGUUGCAAGAUGAAAGUUUCUUGGGAGGGUCAAGGUAAAUCAGUUAAUCGUAAUUGGCUAGGAUGUGAAUUUGGUUGGAGAUUUGGGAUUUUUAUCGUUGCUCGAUCCGAUUCAGUCUUUGUUAUCACUAGAAGCUCUGGAAAUUGUAGUGUGAGAUCUUUGUUGGAAAUUGGGAGUCUGAACAUUGCUGAAACAGAAGAGUUUGUUGCGUUUGCCAAGGCUGGUAGUGACUGUUUUCGGUUUAUUCUUGCUUCUCGAAGCUAUCUAUUUCUUUGUGAUCAGAGGUCAGAAGUGCCUUUGUUGAAAUGGCAGCAUGAUGUUGAGAAGCCUUGCUUUAUGGAUGUUUAUAGCUUGUCCGAUCUCGGGUUUGAGACCCAUGACUUAAAUACUUCCUGUGUUAUAGUAGGGUCAUUUUGGAAUGCGCAAUCUCAAAUGUUCUGUUAUGGACCUUCUCCUUCUGUUACCAAGGAUCCUUCUUCCUUGUAUGUAUGGGAGCUUCCACACAAUCUGCUCUUACCAGCCGGAAAAUGUCUCUGCGGAGAUUGUGGAAUUAAAGAAGUGAUAAUGAAGGAGUCUCUUCCCGCGUGGAUUGAUUGGCAGAAAAAGAGGGUUCUUGUUCUUGGCUUUGGCGUUUUAAACAAGCACCUUCCACUUGGGUCAUUAGAUCAAGCUUCUGGGUUUACUUUGAUUCGGUUAACAUCCUCAGGGAAGCUUGAAGCAGUCAACUUCUGUGCUUCUCUUGAUCAUUUAGAUAACUUGGAAGUAAUAGCUCAAGUAGAUUCGGCCUGCAAAUCUGAUGAGGUGAACUUAUUGUACUUCCCUGAUGAUGACAAAUACAAAUUUCCGAGACGGUUCAAAUAUCUGGAACUCGAUUAUCUCUCUGCUCACACAAAAGGGAUUCUUGCCGGGUUGUUAGACUCGAGGUUGAGUAAAAAAGCAUCAGGUUCAGAGAAGAGUGAUCCUUUUAACUUAAACUUCCACGAGGACUUAUGCGAAAAGUUGAAGAUUUGCGGAUUUGGUCUAGACAGAUGUUCCUCUUCUAUUACUGCAGUAUUCGAGAGUAUCAAUUCACAAACAAGCGUUUUCGACAUUGCAUUGAAAGAAACCUGGUCAAGGUUACCUAUGGAGCUUUUGAUGCUUGCGUUCUCAAGCUACUCUGAGGUUGAGGGUGUUCUGAUAGACAAGAAGAAACCGUCUCUCGAGUUCUUAGUUGUUCCGAAAUUCCCACAGUUACCACCUUUCUUCUUAAGGAAACCUUCUAGCCGGAGUAGCAAAUGGUCAAAGAAGGAGCAACCCGGUGUUGAGCUCAUUGGUCCUGUUCUUCCACUUCCAGUCCUCCUCACAUUACAAAAAUUCGAUAGCGGUUGUCCGGAUUCAGAAGAAGAGUACUCACCGGAUGUGGAGUUCUCUGACCGGUGCAACCAAAUCUCCAAAGCAGCCCGCGAGAUGGCAAACUCAGGUGUAGACGAGACAAUCAUUUCACUUGGCGAUGACAUGUUGGUCGACGAGUAUUCACAGAAGGAGAAGAAGCGGUUCAUUGCAUAUUCUCCGAUCACAAAGACAGCUGAUUCAGACAGGGAACAUCAGGAACUCACUACGUUUAUCUCCAAAGUGCGUCAUUGUAAAGACAAUGAUGAUCAUGGUGGUGGAGGAAGAGUAGGGCUUGAGGUGUUGGAUGAUAUGUCUCCGGUCGAGAUUUGCUUCGAAGAACGGAAUGUGAAUUUCGAUACAAAAGCUUUGUUUACGUUCAAGACGCUUCUAUCCGAAUGGCAAGAUCGAUCUUCUUCAUAUCAAAACUUCCUUUCUCAGUACCAUCUCCAAGAAUGAGUAAUAUCACCUUGUAACCUGUACACAGAAUUUUCACGGCUUCGUUAUUGUCUUCACCGACCAAUUUUGUAUGAUAUUUUUGAGGAUUAGGAAUU